CCGAUUGCACAGCUGGCAAAGAAGGGGUAAAUCGGAUUGACCAAUCGGAUUGCGAGCCGCCGCGGCUGCGUGGAAGGUUGGAGGGGGCGGGGCGCUGGAAAGAGGCGAGCUAAGGCCCAAAGCCUGGGGCUGGAUUUGGACUUGGAUCCUUGGGGAUGGCAGCAGCACAGGGUUUCAGUGGGCUGGAACGGAACUGCUGGGUAUGCUUUGCCACUGACCUUGAUGAUCGCUCGGCAGAAUGGGUAAGCCCAUGUCGAUGUAAAGGGUCCACAAAAUGGAUACACCAGGCAUGCCUACAACGAUGGCUGGAUGAGAAACAGAAGGGGAACAGUACAGGCCGAGUGGCCUGUCCACAGUGCAACACUGAAUAUCUGAUCGUCUUCCCAAAGUUAGGUCCAGUCGUUUACUCCUUGCAUCAAGUUGACCGCAUUCUGUCCAAAGCCAGCCCCUUUGCAGCAGCCAGCAUUGUGGUGGGGACCGUCUAUUGGUCGGCAGUGACUUACGGAGCAGUGACUGUCAUGCAGGUUGUUGGACAUAAGAAAGGUUUGGACUUAAUGGAGCGGGCAGACCCACUGUUCCUGCUGAUGGGGCUUCCUACCAUUCCUGUGAUGCUUAUUCUGGCCAAGAUGAUCCGGUGGGAGGACUUUGUGCUUCGCAUGUGGCGCAAAUACUCCAGCAAGCUGCAAGUUCUAAGUAACAUUUUCCCAGGUUUUGGAUGUCCCGUUCCUCGUAUACCAGCUGAGACCAGCUAUCAGAGUGACCACAUGUCUGUCUCCCGCAUCUUGUGUGGUGCCCUUGUGUUCCCCACAAUCUCCAGCAUGGUUGGCAAGCUGAUAUUCAGUGGUGUUCACUCCAACCUCCAGCGAACCAUCUUGGGCGGGAUUGCCUUCAUUGCCAUCAAAGGGGCCCUAAAAGUUUACUUCAGACAGCAGCAAUAUCUGAUGCAAGCAAACCGCCGGAUUCUGAACUAUCCUGAGCGAGAUGAUGACCAGGAAGAACUCCAGGCAGAAACUUUGAAACGUCAGGAAGCAGAUGGACGGAGAGAAAUCUACCAUGAAUCUGAAAGUGGAGGUCACAAGUGUAAGGUCAUCAUGAAUAGAAUUUAGGGGCAAGUUGUUUGUCCCAAGUGCAAAAAUCUGGAAUAGGCUAUCAGAGGGAGCAGUUGAGUUGAAUAGUACUGAUGCAUUUGCGUAGGAGCUAGACAAACACGAGAAAGGAAUAUGAUAUGCUGAUGGAGUUCACAGAAUUCAGGAACGUGAAGGCUUUGGUGGAGCCUAAAACAGCUGCAGGGAGUGAUUAGUCAGAAUUGCAUG